AUAGCCAGCUUGAACUCCAUAGCUGAUUUGGGGCUGUUUAGCGAAAAAUCGGUCCGAUGUCGUACUUUGUGGCUGAUUAAGAGAUGAAACGGUACUUGGUGGAACCAUAAAGCUUUUUAACAAGCACACGGUACCCUUUGGAACUUUGCGGCUGAUUAGUAUUAUCUGCAGGGUUGACGAUCGAACUUUAAGGCUUUUUAAUAACGCGUACCGAACUUGGUGGAACUUCAUAGCUAUUUAAGACUGAAAGACGGUACUCUAUGGAACUUUGCUGGCAAACUGACCAAAAUAUUAUCAUCUGUCAAAUGACGGCGUCGUAAAUCACCUGAGUGAAAAAUCAUUAACGGAAUACACAAACAAACAUGUUUUCGCGAGUUUUAAAAAGAUCUGGAAAAAUAUAUCGAAAACGCGACAGUAUAAAGCGGUCAUUAUUUAAUGUGAACAACUCCGUUGGGAGUGAAAUAUUUGGUACUACAGGUUUGUCGCGUUAGAACAGAAUAUAGAUACAUAUUCUAAAAGCAUAUUUUUUUCUUUUUUGUUAGGGAUAAUUACUGCUGCAGAUGUUCAAUCUUCUGAUAGUUCAGAUUCUGAAGAUGAAUACGGGGCUGUAACAACGGAUUCUAAUGAGUUUGACACUAUGGACUUUGAAGAAGGAAUGCAAUUUUGGGCUUUAUACACCAACCAAACACAUCAAUCCAUAAACAUGAUGUUAAAGUUAUUAAAAUCAAAUAUCGACUCAGUAAACCUUCCAGAAAAUGCUAGAACGCUGCUUCGUACAAAGAGGACUCCGGCGGAAAUAACAAAGAUUGAUGGAGGUCAAUUUUGGUAUAAUGGAAUCCAAAAAUGUCUUUCAUCCUUCUUUUGUAAACAGGGACCACCAUUCGAAACACUGUCGCUCAAUUUAUUUGUGGAUGGUUUACCUCUUUACAAAAGUAGCAGUCUCCAGUUUUGGCCGAUUCUCUUCAAUAUACAUGAUAUGCCCAAUGUUCGUCCAAUGAUUGCUGGGAUUUUUUGCGGCAAUACCAAGCCGGGAAAUGCGGAUGAAUAUUUGAAGAAAUUGGUUGAAGAAUUAAAGAUAAUAUUGGUGAAAGGAACAACCAUCAAUGGUGUAACCAUUGCAAUCAAACUUCGAGCAGUUAUAGCUGAUUCUCCAGCUAGAUGUUUUCUAAAAGGAGUGACAAAUUUCAAUGGAUAUAUUAGUUGCUUGAAAUGCACAUGCCACGGAGAAUACAACCAUGAUUCACAUACUGUUAUUUUUAAAGGGGUGAAUCAUAAAAUGCACACAGAUAAGAAUUUCCGAGCUAAAGCAUAUAGACAACAUCAGAAGAAAUGUAGCCCAUUGCUUGAAAUUCCAUUUUUGAAUAUGAUUCGAGACAUAAUUGUAUCAGAUAGGUUACACCUGAUAGAUUUGGGAGUGCAGCGAAGAUUGCUUCUAGGUUGGAGAGAUGGUACACUAGGAUUGCAUGCAAAAUUAUCAGCUUCUGCCAUCAGUGAAAUUUCGGAAUUGUUGCAACGCAUCAAACUUCCAUCAGAAAUACACAGACCAUUUAGAGGUCUGAACGUACUAAAAUAUUGGAAAGCAACAGAAUUUAGUUCAUUCUUGCAUUAUGCCGGAAUAGUAGUGCUUAAAGAUGUUUUACCGGAUUAUGUAUAUAACCACUUCUUGCUACUGUUUUGCUCUAUUACAAUGCUAUCAACAAACGUGUAUAAAAAUAAUUGGCAUGUUGCAAACGAAAUGUUAAAAGAAUUCGUUGUCCAGUACAGUAAUGUUUAUGGAGACAAAUUUCUCACAAGUAAUGUGCACAAUCUUUUACAUGUGUACGAUGAAGUGUUUUUUUUCGGACCGUUAAUUACUUUGUCAACUUACCCGUUUGAAAAUUUGUUACAAGUUCUGAAAAACCUACUACGUGGUCGACGACAAGAGCUUCAACAAAUUAUAAACAGAUUAUCGGAGCUGGAAAAUGUUUAUCAGUACAAAGGAGAAACACAAAACACUAAUAGCAUAGAUUUUAAAAUGCAAGACAACGAUCGCGAUGGUUGGGUAUUGACGAAACAGAAAAAAAUUGUCCGGUUCAUUAAAUUAGAUUCUAAUUCUUCCUCUUUACAUAGCUUUCAUGGCAGAGAAGUCCUGAAGCAAUGGGAUUAUUUUGAAUACCCUAUCAAAUCAUCUGCUUUACAUAUUUAUGCUGGGAAAUUAUCAACUUUGUCAGGGGCGGAAACUACGUUCAAUUUUCACGAUAUCAAAUGCAAGUUAGUUGCAGUACAAACCAGGACACCCGAUCUUUAUGUUUUUAUUCCUUUAAUUCAUACAUUGAAAUAAUAAAUUCACAUAGUUUAUUUUUAUACAACAAAACAAUGAAUUCAAACAGAUUCGAACUUGUGCUGUGUACUUUUUCGCAAUCCCUUCGAAUAAGCUCGUUUUGUUGCAUUUUUGAGCUUUUUCAUAAAAAAACGAGCCAAAACUUUAUCGGUGACCACAGCCUCUUCUGUGCUGCCAUGAAGUCUAAAUAAUUCAAGAAUAUUUUUAUGUGUCAUCAUAGGAACUUUUUCUUUUCCCUUACCUAUGCCGGUCCAACUACAGAGGGUCAAAAAUUUUUUUGAAAAAAUUAGAUCCAAAAUUUCUAUCAUCCUAUUUUCGGGGGUGAUUUCCCAUAUGUUAUGUUCUAACCAUGACGAAACUUCAUUGAAAUAAUCUGGUUGGGCCAAGUUUGAUUCUAAAAUUGACAGCUCUUCUAUGCUACUGACCACUUGAAAUCCUAUGUCAUUUCUCUUGCGACGCAUGGAUACCGGAAUAACUGUUUUAUCUAGAAGAAUAUCCAAUUUCGCCAAAACUGUAGACAUUGCUCUUUCUAAUUUUUCCAAUCGUUCGUCAAUACUAGGAGAAAGUUCAGGUGUGGUAAUCACUGUUUUGUCUGCAAGAAUAUUUAAUUUUGAUAAUACAAUAAACAAAGUAUUUUCUAAUCUAUCCA